AUGCAUGUCCAUUUUGUAGAUGCCCCUCUACCACCUCCCAGUUACGAGCAAGCAGUAGUAGAAUGUCGCUCACCUUUUGGGGGGUCAACAAACACAAGUUUAAUUGGAGAGAAUUGUGGGGGAAUGGAAAUAUCCCAAAGAGUACAAGUCCAGUCAGAAUUAAUUAGAGAACAAGAAGCCGAAAUUGGAAAAUUAAAAAGAGAUUUGGGGAAAAUGAGGGAACAUGUAGAAAGAAUGGCAUUACAACAACCAACUACAACACCUAAAAUUAGCGAUAAAUUAACUCAGAGGUUGGCAAAUAUUGUUGAUGAAGAGGCGGAGGAGAGGAGAAGGAAAAAUAGAAGUCGAAAGGGAGAUAUCCUUCGAGGUUCCAUAUGUUGCCUUGCACUCCUUGUAGUUGUUCUGGCUGGUAUUUAUGUCGUUCUAAGCAGACCUCAUCAUUUUAAUAAAACAUCUAAGCCUUCUGUUGAACAAUUUAAAAUUAUUGGAAAAGCUCUAGACAGUCUCUGCAUGGCACAAGCUUUAAUUCACCCUUUUGGAAAGAUUUUUAGUUGCAAUAUUUUUCGCCGUUCCCGAUUUGAACAAAAACUAUUUUGCGAAUUUUCCGUUGCAGAAAAUGCUGGAGUGUCUCCAGGGAAUGAAUUAAGAAUUGUUAGAAAUGAUGGACAAAAAGGGAUAAUUUUAAGUAAAGAAGGUGUGUUAUUGUUUUAA